ACCGGCUUAUAAGCUUAGCCAAACACCCUCUUGGUCUUUCUGAACCUCUCAAUCUUUUUUCAAAUUCCCAUGGAAAUCCAGACAUCUUUCUUCGUUUCCAUUUUCCUUGUAUUGUUAUCCUUAUGUUUCAUAACAAUCGAAGGGUACAACAAAUAUGCAAACAGUAAGCAGAAAUUGCCACCAGGGCCGAGGAAGCUCCCACUGAUAGGGAACUUGCAUCAACUGCUCUGCCUCGGAUCAUCAGAGUUCCAACCACAUGUUGCUCUGAGUAAAUUAGCAGCUAAAUACGGGCCUUUGAUGCACCUAAAGCUCGGUCAACGUUUGGUUCUUGUCGUUUCGUCUGCUGAAGUUUCCAAACAAUUUUUCAAAACACAUGAUCUCACUUUCUCUAACCGGCCAGAGCUUUUCGUUGGGAAGAUAAUGAUGUACGGUUUUUCUGAUAUGGCAUUCGCUCCAUAUGGUGACUUCUGGAGACAGAUGCGAAAAAUUUGUAACUCGGAACUCCUUGGUCUGAAGAGGAUCCACUCGUUUUUUCCCAUGAUGUUUGACGAGGUGCGUGAUCUUGUUAAGUCAAUUGCAGCUGCAGAAGUAGGGAAACCCAUUGACUUGAAUGAAAGACUGAGUCUGUUGCAAUUUGCUAUCACUUGUAAAGCUGCUGUUGGUAGGACGGCAUGUACAGAUCAGGAGUCAUUUUUAAUGGUAAUGAAAGAAUUCGUAAGCUUAGCGGGAAUAUUCAGCGCAGCCGAUCUAUAUCCUUCCUGGAAAAUAGUUCAAUUAAUUAGUGGCCUAAAGCGAAAAUUAACGAAAAUGCAUCAUAAGGCUGAUCAUAUUGUUGAACAAAUUAUACGUGAACAUGAAUUGAAGAGAUCAGGAAGUACUGAUGGUGAUGGCAAGCAAAUAGAGGAAGAUAUCGUGGAUGUACUUCUGAAACUAAAGGAGAGCAAAGAUUUUCCGAUUCCUAUCACUAGAAAUGUUAUCAAAGCUACAGUCUUGGAGUUGUUUGUAGCCGGAACUUCAACCUCAGCAACAGCCAUGUUGUGGGCUUUUUCAGAACUGGUAAAGAAUCCAAAAAUGAUGAAGAAAGCACAAGCUGAAGUGAGGGAAGUCUUCACAGAAAGGAUCGAUCAAAGUCACAUUCAAAAGCUAACGUACUUGAGAAUGGUAAUCAAAGAAACUCUAAGACUUCAUCCCCCGGGUCCUCUUUCAUUCGCUAGAGAAUCCAGGGAGGAGAGUGAGAUCGACGGAUAUACAAUACCAAAUAAAACAUUAGUGCUACUAAAUCUAUGGGCAGUUGGAAGAGAUCCAAAACACUGGGAAAAUCCGGAAACAUUUGAUCCGGAUAGGUUUGAUGGUAGUCCAAUUGAAAGCGUACCAACUCAUUUUGAGUACACGCCAUUUGGUGCAGGAAGAAGAAUAUGCCCAGGAAUAUCCUUCGGAAUGGCGAGUGUGGAGAUUUCUCUUGCAUUAUUGCUCUAUCAUUUUGACUGGAAACUUCCCCAUGGAAUGAGUCCUCAAGAAUUAGACAUGACCGAAAAAUUUAGUACCAGUCUUGAAAGAAAAACUAACUUGUGCUUGAUUGCCUCCCCUUACGUUCCUUCCUGUAAAGGGGACUAUGGUGAGGACUCAUACUACUAGAACAUAUUUGGAAUUACAUUUAAUCAUGAAUUAGUUUGUACAUCUAUUUUUCCUGUUUUAGUUAUGCUCUCUCCUACAUCAUUCUGACUUUAUCUUCCAUGCAUUGUUGAAUGGGAUUUGGAAAGAAAAGUUCCCCCAUGUCUUCUAUUUUUUACAGCUUCUUUACCCUAAAUACGAAAUACAACCCAACUAUGUCAAUCAA